GCAGUGCUGCUGCCUAGCGGAGGGCGUUGUGACUCCUGCACAUCGAUCGCCUGCGCAUGUGUCCUCAGCUAGCCCGGGCCAUCGUGUCAUUCUACUCGGGACAUCCUCGCUUCGUCCAAGUAUCCUAUGGGGGUUCCGCGACCCCGGUGUUGGCAGUGGGGUGGUCGACGCCACUAUUGAAGGCGCGAGAUGGCCCCAGCCGCGAGACGUUAGCGGUUUCUUCAACAUGGUCGGCCGGUAUGCUGUUUCGUGAACCAUGGUGUCUUGUGUACUCUGGGGACUGUUGCUGCUCUUCAGGAGUGUCCCGGAGGUGGUCGCCGCGGCUGCUAAGAGAGAAGCAGAUUACACUCUUGAUGACUCGUUUUGGAACGAAGAAAGUCCUGUUGGCGAGGUGGAGAGACUUCUUCGCGAGUAUCGCCAAAACCAGGAGCUUGUGCGGAACAUUGGGGCCAACUACUACCAGAUCAUCUACCCCGUACAGCUUCGGCACCACGAGAAGAUGGGCAUCUCCACGCGGGAGGUAGGAGCUGGCAAGUUCUCUCCCGUCUACACAGGAGGGAACACACAGACAGGAUACGGGGGUCAGCGGGGUCGAUCAAGGACGGGGAAGCACUUUCAUCGGACGUCGUUGCUCAUUAAAGCUUUCAACCACAAAUUUCGCCUCGAUCUUGAACUCAAUACCCAACUCCUAGCGCCAAAUUUGGUCCAAAAGCAUUUUCUUCCCAGCGGUGCAGAGCAGGUAUCGAAACAGGAAAUAGAACAUUGCUACUAUCACGGCACAGUCAAGGACUAUCCUGGAGCUACAGCGGCCUUCCACACAUGUAACGGCGUCAGUGGCGUCAUUCAUGUGGGCAACGAGACGUUCGUUAUCCACCCGUUCUACGGUGGCGACCUAUCGCAGAAACAUCCUCAUGUGAUUUUUGAGGCGAGGACGAAACCUAACAAAGGAUGUGCUAACUCUGGGAUGAUGGAAUACUCGAGACGCCAAAAACUCAUGACAUCCUUCGUCGGCGUGUCGACGUCCCAGGAGGAAACGAGGUACCGGCGUGACGUCAGUGAAGCGACCAAGUACAUAGAAACUGCUGUGGUCAUCGACAAGGCUAUGUUUGAGAAGCGGAACGGAAGUACGAGGUCUGAGGUGGUACAUGACGCAAUCCAAGUAGCCAACAUUGCCGAUCUGUACUUCCGGACACUGAACACGAGGGUUUCUAUAGUGUACAUAGAGACGUGGCAAGGUUCAAACCAAACUCCCAUAGACAAGAGUCAAGACAUCAGCAGAGCUCUGCAUAACUUCAACGACUACACGUCGAGAAAGCUGUACAAGGUUGAGAGGGAUACGACGCAGCUGCUCACGGGUGAGGAGUUUGUCAGUGGUGAGGCUGGUAUCUCCGUGCCAGACACAGUUUGCACCCCGAGAUCUGUGGGCAUCAGCGUCGAUGUCAACCCCUACGAGCUGCAUCUGCUGGCUGGGACCAUGGCACACAUGAUCGGCCACAACAUCGGCAUGGGUCACGAUGGAGGAAACGUUUCUCUUUCAGGAGAGGAGUGUUUCUGCCGGGACUGGCACGGGUGCAUCAUGGCGCAGAGCAUUGUGGGACUGGAGAACGUUCAGCCGUACAAGUUCAGUGAAUGUUCAAGAUCGGACUACAACAGCGCCCUUCGAACUGGCAGAGGCAUAUGUCUGCUAAACAAGCCCAAUGAGCUGGAGGUGCACAGGACAUGUGGAAACAGCAUAGUUGAAGACGGUGAAGAGUGUGACUGUGGGACUAUAGAGGAAUGUCACGAGCAAGACCCUUGCUGUGACCCCAUCACCUGCAAACUUACCAAAGACGCGGAAUGUGCCUCGGGGCCCUGUUGCAACAACUGCAAGCUGAGACAGAGAGGAGUCGUUUGUAGAGAAGCCACAAAUGAAUGUGAUCUCCCUGAACACUGCAAUGGAGACACAGGCAAUUGUCCACAAGAUGUGCACAAGAAAAAUGGACAGCCUUGUGGGGAUACUAACAAUCCAGGGUACUGCUUCAACGGAUUUUGCCCAACACUGAACAUCCAGUGCUCUGUAAUCUGGGGCUAUGGUGGACAAGGAGGGGACCCAGAGUGUUUCAAGCAGUUUAACUCUAAGGGCUCUAUCAAUGGACACUGUGGUACUGACGAAAACAAGCAAUUCAUCAAAUGUGAUCCUGAGAAUGUCCGGUGUGGCUCUUUGCAAUGCCAGUUGGGUUCAGCCCGACCUAAGAUCCCUGGGCUGGACGAGCUUUACUCCCGAACAAUCAUUUCAAUGAAAGGAAAUGAGUACGAGUGCAAGACUACCAGUGGAACCAUCAGCAACACAGACUUGCCAGACAUGGGUCUUGUGAGGGACGGCACACCUUGUGGCGAUAACUUGAUCUGUGUGAACCAGUCAUGUACGAGUAUAUUUCCACACAUUGACCAAGGAAGGUGUCCAAGCAAUCACAACAACUUGGAGUGUUCGGGACAUGGGACGUGUUCCAACCUCAACAAGUGCUACUGCCACCAAGGCUGGAGCGGGACGGACUGUUCCAUUCAGGUGGAGAUCAUUCCGACUCUGGAGCCGUUCAACGAAGCAGCUCACGUCACCAGCAAGAACGACGACCUCACGGAUCAGAUGCAGAAGAAAGAGACCCCCUACGAGAACUACCACAGCACCAACACAGUAUUCCUUGUAGGUACUCUAAUGUCCGUGGUGGGGGGGGUGUUUAUAACUUUUGCCCUCAUGGCCCUGUGCUACAGGUCAGUCGUAGUGCACAAAAACUUCUCCCUCUGCCUAAGGAAGAGUAUGCCUCCGAAGUACGAUCAGCCUUACGUUAAGAAACCGAUGCCGAAGAAGACGUUUGGAAAAGCAGCCAAUCCGGAGGAAGCAGCAGUGGACAGUGUGAACAAGAUCAUUACGUUUGGAAACAUGCCAGUAUACAGCCGUGGUGACAGUCAAAGGGCCCAUUAUCGUCCCGUAAAUCACAUGCCUGGCGGUAGCCUUCCUUCAAGAUUCCAGGAACAACAAAUGAAGCAGAUGAAGAGACACGGAGGUGCCUCAGGUAGUGAAGAUGACCCUUCCCACUCAGGUGAAGAAGAGUCAGUAUCUUUCAUCGAUCUGGCGCCUAACAACCUGUCUAAACUCCCGGAGAAAGGAAUCUUGAAGAAGCCUUGUCCUUACGGAGGAGACAUCUGUAUGAAGGAGAAGUGGGGGGCUGAGGGGGAUUCUCAGAGUGACAACCAGGAGAUUCUCUCUCAGUCUGACAACAACCUCGGCCCAGACAUGAUGGCAGGGGGAGCCAUCUCUGAGGUGGAGAGAACCCUAAAGUCGCUCAAUGGGUACCACGAAGACAUCCUGGAGGCGCUGCGUACAGCAGCGUCACAACACCGGCCUGCAUCGGCUACUCCUGCGUCGUCCAGCAGUGAGGAUCUGCUGCGUCGGUCACUGGCUGCGGCGGUUCAGCACGGCUACAAGCGAGCGCUCAGUCAGGACAAGCUGUGUGACGGAGGUCAUUCCACAUCACAAACGCACACGGUGAUGGUGGAAGAUCCGUCAGGUCCAUCACAUUUGCAUCAUCAUCAUCGUAGCAAUCAUCGAAGCGAUGCAGUAUCCCAUUAUCCAGACGAUGAUGAAGAUGACGACGUGCCGCCGUCGUGUGGCCCCAUUCGGAUACGUAACCUGGAGGAUCUUAUCCGGCAGCUGGAGCACCACUCGGCACGACAUAUGAGUCCGUCGGGAUCCGAGGACAUCCGGAUGUCGGAGACUGAAGCCGACAGACACUACAGGCUAGACACACAGUCGGGUCGUGUACGGAGAGGGGAGGAGGACGGCAGGUUCGUGUAUGGGCGCUACAGACAGCCGAGCGGUCGACCCGCGGCGCCCCACUACCUCGCAGAGGAGGAGGGUAUCUACGAGAGCGCCGACCCAGCGCCCUGUCCUGCCGACACGCCCGACAGCGAGAGUGAUGACUUUAUUCAAGCUCAACGGCUAGUCCGGUCGGCUAGUAUGGAGGAGGUCGGUGGCGACGGAGGCGACCCGGAGGCUUACGUCCCUUCGCCUCCAUCGAGCGGAGACAGCUCCCCCGAGCGGCCGCCCCCCGCCGUCGCCCACUCGUCGCAAGAUACGCUCGACAGCGGCGCCGCGCUCAUCCGCCCCACUCGCUACCCCGAGUACAAACAUUGAUACGAGGGGAACCUCCCCCCACCCUGUCUCUCUAGUAAGCGGAUUUUCCGAAUUUCGAAUUUAUGGGUAAGCUUUUGCCCUUGCCGAUCGGGGUUGUCAUCGUGUGUAGUUUUAGAUUAUUUUGCUCGAAUUGUUUCACAGUUAUCAGUUUAUGUGGAAUUGUUUUUACCAU